AUGGUGAAGACAGAGAAGAAGGACUGGGAGAUCAUUGAGCGGGCUUUAGCCGCAAAAGAAGCUGAGCUUCUACAGCAGGAAGGCUCUGUCCUCGAGGAGAGCCAUCUUAGCGGCUACAGGUAUGUGCCAACCACGAAGGUUGUGGACAAGCAGUCUUGGGAGACAUUUGCUGUUCCGCACAUCAAGCCAACAUGCACGUCCGAGAGUUGGUACCACAAGGAUGUGCUCUUUGAGCUGGGUGAGGGCAUCGCCUACAUUACCUUGAACAGGCCCGAAGCGAACAAUGCGCUGAACGAGUCCACCUCGCAAGCGCUUCAGGACGCAACCUGCGAGCUCCACGGCCGCCGCGACAUCCGAAUUGUUGUUCUCCGUGCCGAGGGUGGUAUGUUCUGCGCAGGUGGAGAUCCAAAGCACUUCUUCGAUGCUUUGGCCAUGUCAGAGAGAGACGACCGGAAGGCCGCCAUUGGUUUCAUGAAGUUCCUUUUCUGGUUCCAGAGCUUGCCGCAGUUCACUGUAGGCCUGGCGCAGGGCUCUGCCAUGGGCAGCGGCAUCGGCCUGCUUUGUGCCUGUGACAUGGUUCUGGCUACGAGCACUGCGCGCUUCAUUUGUUCAGAGGUGAAGUUGGGCUUUUGCCCGGCUUCCCUUGCGCCCUUCCUGACCCGAAAGGUUGGGCCUGCUUUCGCCAAACGAUUGCUUUGCAUGGCCGAAAAUAUUUCUGCUGAGCAAGCAAAGCGGAUGGGUCUCAUAUCCGAUGUGGUUGAGGAGGAAAGCGAGUUCUCCGACUACAUGAAAGAUAUUUGUGAGAAGGUGACGCUGUGCGCACCCACGGCCGCUGGCCGUGCGAAGCGAUUGGCUCAAAACGUCAGCUUGCAGCCGCUGACACGCAAACUGCUGGAGUACACUGGUGGAGAGCUGGCGGACAUUCGUAUAGGAGAAGAGGCCAUCAAAGGCAUGGUAGCUGUUCAGGCGCGUGUGAAGCCCUACUGGGCUGAAACGCCCAUCAAGCCCCUCUACUGA